AAACACAUCCUGGUGCAAGUCCGUUGACUAGAAAAGAAAAGAGGCUGUUUCAUCACAACUCCGCUCUUUCUCACCUCCACGUGUCCAUCCAAACAACACAUAUGUUCGCAAGUGUCAGGUUCGCACGAGAACCGGAACAAUCCAACAUCUUACAACAUCGUCUAAUCUAUCAACAAUUCAAAUCUUUCUCAACUCUUUAAACCCAAACACACACACAAACCUCAAUUCGUCAUUUCUUUAGGAACUCAGUUUUGUCUUAACAUCGACCCUUUUCGGACAGGUUAUUUUGAAAUUGCUGAGAAUUUGGGAUGAGUUAGGGUUCUGUUUUCAGCAUAUUUGGCGUGCUUGGGAAGACUUGGAGAAGAAAUUUUCUGAAGGGGCUAAGGAGCACAAACUCAUGGCAACUGCAACUAUGGCAACUGCGGCUGGUGCAGCUGCUCUCUUAUAUUAUACUUUAAACAAGAAAGUUGAGACGAUUAUUGAAACUGAAGAUGAUGAUGCCAGUAGUAUCCAAAGACGAAGAAAUGUACGUUUAGGGAUUGAUAGAGUUUCCAAUAGACUUAUUCAAGCCCCUGCGACAUGGUUGGAGACUAUUUCUACGUUGUCAGAAACACUUAGAUUUACUUACUCUGAGACUUUGGGGAAGUGGCCCAUUGCCGAUUUAGCUUUUGGCAUCAACUUUCUUUUAAAAAGACAGGGGAACCUUAGAGUUUCCAGCGUCUUUGGUGGCAAGGAUAGUACACAGCUUACUGGAGCUAAUGUAAGUUCUGAACUUAGGCAUCUCCUACAGUUGCUGACUCUUUGCUGGCAUUUCUCGAAAAAGCCAUUUCCAUUAUUUCUGCAAGAAAUUGGCUAUUCACAAGACGAUGUCCUCCUUCAGGAACCUAAAGCUGGGAUUUUGAAGCCAGCUUUUACCAUAUUGGUAGACCAUAAAACAAAAUCUUUUCUGUUAUUGAUUCGUGGAACUCACAGUAUUAAAGAUACACUAACAGCCGCAACUGGAGCAGUAGUACCAUUUCAUCACUCAGUUGUGCACGACGGAGGGUUAAGUAAUUUAGUAUUAGGUUAUGCCCAUGGUGGAAUGGUAGCAGCAGCUCGAUGGAUUGCAAAACUUUCAAUUCCAUCUCUUACCAAAGGGCUUGAUAAGUAUCCCGAUUAUAAACUUAAGAUUGUUGGACACUCGUUAGGUGGUGGUACAGCAGCACUUCUAACUUUUGUAUUGCGGGAGCGUAAAGAAUGGUCUACAGCUUGUUGUGUUGCCUUCGCUCCAGCUGCUUGUAUGACUUGGGAAUUGGCUGACUCGUGCAAUGAAUUCAUUACAUCUGUCAUAAAUGGUGCUGAUUUGGUCCCUACGUUUUCAGCUGCUUCCAUGGACGACUUGCGUACAGAGGUGACAGCAUCUGCUUGGAUAAAUGAUCUGAGGAACCAAAUUGAGCAAACUAGAAUUCUUAGUACCGUUUAUCGUUCUGCAUCAGCAUUGGGUUCUCGACUUCCAUCCAUUGCUACUGCUAGAGCGAAAGUCGCCGGUGCUGGUGCAAUGCUGCGCCCGGUUUCAAGUGGCACCCAGGUUGUAAUGAAGAGAGCACAAAGCAUGGCUCAGUCAGCACUGUCACGCCCUUCUCUUCAGAUAUCAUCAUGGUCGUGUAUGGGUCCUCGCCAGAGGCCUAAACCGAAUGGAGGAGAUUCCAAAGAGUCUUCCUCAAGCAGAACAGAAACUUCUCAGCCUCUUGUUAGGUCUCCUAAGAAGAACAUAUCUACUGCUGAAGCCUUAGAACUUCCUGUAUCAUCUGAGGGGUUGGUUUGGGAUUCUGAAAUGGAUGUUUCUUGUUCAGAAAAAUCAGGUUUUAAUGAUGAAGUGGAUGUCGAUGGCCACUAUGAUCUUGUUGGACAGAACACAAAUGAAGAUGGUGGUGUUAAUGAAGUUGAGUUAUGGAGGCAACUCGAGGAUGAGCUUUAUGAUUCUGUGGAAGGUGAUGAAGCUGAUACCACAAAGGAAAUUAGGGAGGAAGAGGCAGAAGCUAUUGCAGAGAUAAGUGAAACCGAGCCUGAGAGCUCGGUACCAGAUACAAAAGAGGUGCACAGAUUUUUCCCUCCAGGAAGAAUUAUGCAUAUCGUUUCUCUCCACUUAAAUGAGCCAGGAGAUGAAACUGAUAGCAGGAUUUCCGCUGACACUGAUAAUAGCCAGCUGGCGGAUACAAAGGUUGGCAUAUUUCUGACUUCUAGAUCUGUAUACAGUAAACUGAGGCUGUCACGAACUAUGAUUGCAGACCACUUUAUGCCUGUUUAUAGAAAACAGAUUGAAAGAUUGAUCGAUGAACUUGAGGAGGAUACACUUGAUAACAUUAACAUAGAGGCUGAAGCAGAGAUAAAAAUAUAGGAUAUUGGCUUUGAACAUACUUUUAUUGUAAAGAAGUGUACGGAAGAGGAACUUAGUCUCUUCAUUUUUGGGAGUCGAUGAAUGCACUUGAGUUGUGAUUAGUUACUCCUGCUGUUGACAUUUGUUUUCUUUCUUCGUUUACUUUCUUCCAACACUAUAUAUUUAAUUAUGACCAAAGGAAUUUGAUCUUGUUUUACAUA